ACUAGUUUAAGAUGAUACACUGAAGAGAGAAGAGAAUGCUAAGGACUUCUUGGGGUGAGAGAGUCCCAGCCAAGACAGACUCUAUCCUAGCUCUUAGGGUCAUGGGUCCCGGGUUACAGCCCAGAACGCGCACCACCCUACUGGACAGCCGCUCGACGCGCUGCAGGACAGCCGACAUCCCGGAUUCCACUACCCGCCAAGGCUCGGUGACCGGAGCGCGGAACUUUGAAGAAGAAAUAAAAGAUGCCAAGGAUGAAGAUUUUCCAGAAGGGACUUUGAGUUAAAGAAGGCUUUUUAUACUUGACAAGUAUUGUCAUCUGUAACGAAGAUCAUUGAGAAACAGAAAAUUGAAUGAAGACUUUUAACAUUGGACCUGGAUAGGAGAUUUAGAAAAGAAAAUUAAAAUUAGUCAGUUUGGUUUUAGGGUUCUGAUCUCACAAUAUUUAUUCUUUCCUCUGAAUAUAUUCAAGGAGUAGCAAUUAAAACUCAUUGCUAUCCUAAUGGACACAAAUAUUUGUUCUUUUGUGUGUAUGUGUGUGAGAUAAAAAAGUAGAUAACCAAGAGCUAUAGUAAUUCAUAAUGAAAUACACUAAAUUGAAUUUUAUGAUGUCAGUUCUUGGCAUUGUAAUCUAUAUAACUGAUUUAAUUGUGGACAUCUGGGUAUCUGUCAGGUUUUUCUAUGAAGGACAAAAUGUUUUUGGUAUUUUAAUAGUAAGCUUUAUGUUCUUUGGAACACUUGUGGUACAGUGUUUUAGUUAUUCUUGGUUCAAGGCCGAUUUAAAGAAAGCAGGCCAAGAAAGUCAGCAUUGUUUUCUUCUACUUCAUUGCUUGCAAGGAGGAGUUUUUACAAGGUAUUGGUUUGUCUUGAAAAAUGGUUAUCAUGUGGCUUUCAAAUACAACAGCAAAACUGAUAAGUUCAUGGAAGAACAGUUUGAUCCGCAUAAGGAAGUUAUGGAUAGAAUGACUGACCUGAGCAUGCUCAGGCUACUUGAGGCCUACCUGGAAGGCUGCCCACAACUGGUUUUGCAGCUCUACACUGUUCUGGAACAUGGUCAAGCAAAUUUCACUCAGUAUGCUGCCAUCAUGGUUUCUUGCUGUGCUAUUUCUUGGUCGACUGUUGAUUAUCAAAUAGCUUUAAGAAAAUCCUUGCCUGAUAAAAAUCUCCUUAGUGGAUUCUAUCCCAAACUCACAUACCUCUUUUACAAAUUGUUUACAUUAUUAUCUUGGAUGCUGAGUGUUGUACUUCUUUUAUUCAUAAAUGUUAAGAUUGCAUUAUUUCUGUUGUUAUUUCUUUGGUUUUUAUGGAUAUUAUGGGCAUUUAAAAAGCAAACUCAGUUUUGUGCUUCUAUAAGUAUGGAAUUCUUAUACAGAGUUAUUGUUGGAUUCAUACUUAUCUUCACAUUUUUUAAUAUUAAGGGACAGAACACCAAAUAUCCAAUGUUUUGUUAUUAUAUUUUAAGGGUACUGGUCACACUGGGAAUAUUGAUUGUGUUUUGGGUUUGUCCAGUCUCUAUUUUUAAUUCAGAUUAUUUUAUACCUAUUAGUAUAGCUAUAGCUCUUGCUCUUGUUCUUGGAAUUAUUUUUCUUAUUGUUUAUUAUGGGACUUUGCACCCAAACAGAAAUGAAGAAACAAAACCUGAUGAAACUGAUGGAAUAGCAGCUGAAAGAGAUUGUAGAAUGAAAUAUUUUCUAAUGGAAUAGCUAUUUAUGAGAUAUUUUAUUUUUUGUUUCAUUGGUUAGUAAAGA